AAGGGCUGGGUUGAGUAUCUCCGCGCUCCGGCCGUUAUUGUUUACAUGAUUAACUAUGUGAUGUCGAUGUCGACCCAAAUAUUUUCCGGCCAUCUUGGUAAUUUAGAGCUUGCCGCUGCUUCUCUUGGGAAUACUGGGAUCCAAAUCUUUGCUUAUGGCCUCAUGUUGGGAAUGGGCAGCGCUGUAGAGACUUUAUGCGGGCAAGCCUACGGGGCUCACAAAUACGAUAUGCUCGGCGUCUAUCUUCAACGGUCAACGAUCCUUCUCAUGGCCACGGGGGUCCCACUCGCGAUCAUCUAUGCCUUCUCUCGCCCUCUCCUCGUUCUCAUCGGCGAGUCGCAAGACAUCGCCAAGGCCGCGUCGAUAUUCGUAUACGGCCUCAUCCCCCAAAUCUUCGCAUACGCUGCCAACUUCCCGAUACAAAAAUUUCUACAGGCACAAAGUAUCGUUGCACCCAGUGCUUACAUCUCAACUGCUACCCUUGUGGUCCACCUCGUGAUGAGCUGGCUUGCUGUGUACAAACUGGGUUUAGGACUCCUGGGUGCGUCUCUGAUUCUGAGUUUGUCUUGGUGGAUCAUUGUGGUGGCCCAGUUCGUGUACAUUGUCACGAGCGAACGCUGCCGGCACACUUGGGCCGGGUUCAGUUUGCGGGCGUUCAGUGGGCUGCCGGAGUUUCUAAAGCUGUCGACUGCUUCGGCUGUGAUGUUGUGCCUAGAGACGUGGUAUUUUCAGGUGUUGGUUUUGAUCGCUGGGUUGCUGAAGAACCCUGAGCUUGCUCUUGAUUCUCUCUCUAUUUGUUUGACAAUCUCUGGUUGGGUGUUCAUGAUCGCUGUCGGAUUUAAUGCCGCUGCCAGCGUUCGAGUGAGUAACGAGUUAGGAGCGGGCAAUCCAAAGUCAGCUGCAUUCUCCGUGGUCAUCGUGACGACGUUGUCUUUUAUAUUAUCGGUGAUAAUAGCAAUAGUCAUCCUUUGCUUUCGAGACAAAAUCAGCUAUAUCUUCACUGAGGGAGAGAUAGUGGCGCAGGCGGUCUCCGAUCUCUGCCCGUUGCUCGCCGUCACCCUCAUUCUCAACGGCAUCCAGCCCGUUUUGUCUGGUGUUGCUGUUGGCUGUGGAUGGCAAGCCUUUGUGGCCUAUGUCAACGUUGGGUGCUACUAUAUCGUGGGCGUCCCGUUAGGCGUUCUCCUUGGUUUUGUUUUUGAUUUGGGAGCAAAGGGAAUAUGGACUGGGAUGAUUGGAGGAACCUUUAUGCAGACGGUCAUCCUUUUGUGGGUCACUUUCAGAACUGAUUGGAAUAAAGAGGUGGCGGCAGCACAACAACGAUUAGACAAAUGGGAUGAUAAGAAGAAGCCGCUUCUCGCAAACCAGAAGUAAUAGUAUAAGGUUUCAAGUAGUUUUUGAAGCCAAUGGAUUGGGAUCUCUCAUCUUGGAAAAGAGGAGAGGAUCAAAAUUUUUAGUCACCUAUGAUUUGUGAGUUUGAAGGCGUAGUCCUGACAAUAAGAUGCAUCAUGAAUCUUGAAUCUUGUGUUCAAUUCCAUUUUUAGUUUAUUUUUGAGGGAGUCCGUUUUUGUUCAUGAUUUAUUUCAAAGGAAAAAGAACUCUGUGCAUUCUCUCUC